UGCUUAACCCUUUCUUGGCUGCUCGGAUUUGUACCAUGCUGAAGAUCCUCACCAAAAAGCUCAGGAACCAGAGUUUGAACGAAAUUCAACCUUUCCAGCUAAAGAUCUCUUACCCCCCAAGUGAUGAGGACAGCGACGACUCUGAGGGAGAGAACCAGGAACUUGCUCAGAUCGACAGAGAGAGAAGACGGAAUUGUACCUUGACCCCCCUGGCCACCAACCAGCUCCAGAACCAGGAGAACCAAUGCUGCAAGGUUCGGGCCCUCUUCCAAGCCAGCCUUGACCGUCACAGCUCAGAAGAGGAGCUGGAACGCAUCAACCGAGAGUUUGCCGCUGAGAAGCGGAAGUGGUCCCAGGUCAGCAGGCUUGCCUGCUACAGUGACAGCAACAACACCUCCUCCAGUGACGAAGAAGUGAAGAACUUGUGUGCGAUGUCCUUCCGGCCUGUGGCAGAGCAGGCUGAAGGCCUGCAUGCCAGCCCAAGCCCCGUGCUGUUCAGUGCCUCCCCUCCCAAGAGACUCCAGCCCCUGGUGCGGAGCCCAGCCUCCAGACCUUUAAUCUUGACAAGCGUAGGGACAGGCCUUGAGCAAGUCAUGCCUUGUAAGAGACAUCGACAAGGAUAUGGGGAUAAGGUCAGCAGGCCCAGCCUUGACCUAGAGAAAAUGCAGCAGAAGAUGCUGCUCAAGAAGAAUUGUGGAACGAAGACUAGAGUAAUUAAAAUUCGUAGCACCAACGGAGGCCGUCCGCCGCCCCACUUUGUGUAUGAUCCAUCCACCUUUGCCUUUCGUUCCCUCAGCACCUUGAAACCGCUGAGCCCGAUAGCUCCAGUGGAAGAACCGUCAUGUGCCUACUGA